UUUUAUUUUUGGGUUUUAAGUGUCGCGAAUAAGCGGAGUUGCGUCCGGCUAAUGACUUUAACAUUAUCAUAAUGGCGGACUGGCGAUGAUGAUGAUUAUUAUGUAGGCAAACGAAACACAUAAACUAAAGUACAACAUUCUAGCACUAGGAAAAUCAAUUUCGGAGGGCAAGUAGUACCAUCACUUCAACAUGGCGAUGCAAUUCGAGUACGAUGACAAGGGAACGACAUUUUAUUAUUUUCUCCUCUCCUUCUUCGCUAUGUUCUUAAUACCUGUCACUUAUUACUUCUUUCCCGACGAGUCUAAGAAAGAUGUUACAUUGGAUGCGAAGAAGCCAUGUUACUGUCCACCCUGCAUGGCCAAACACGAUUCGCUGACUAAAAAAGAGCCCCGAAAAAAAACAAUGAGAUUGUUAACGAAGGGGACGAUUAUUUUACUAUGGGCCUUCUUGAUAGCAGGCGUCGUAAAAGUGUCGCAGUUCGAGAAGGAAUUUAGCGAGUAUAACCCGUACGAUGUUUUAAAAUUGGAGCCUGGUGCUUCGAACGGAGAGAUUAAAAAAGCCUACCGCAAACUCAGUUUGGAGUUUCAUCCUGAUCGAGGUGGCGACGAAAAAGAGUUCAUGAAAGUCGCGAAAGCUUACCAAGCUUUAACCGACGAGGAGGCGAAAGAGAAUUGGGAUAAAUAUGGUAAUCCUGACGGACCUGGAGCUGCUCAAUUCGGAAUUGCCUUGCCGUCGUGGAUUGUUGACAAGAAGAAUUCUAUGUGGGUCCUUGGAGUGUAUCUUUUAGCUUUUAUUGUUAUUCUACCGAUCGUUGUCGGCUCGUGGUGGUAUCGAUCGAUACAGUACAGUGCUGAUGAAGUUUUGAUGGACACCGAACAACUCUACUGGUACUUUUUUCAUCGGACUCCUAACAUGUCUUUGAAACGGGCCAUCAUGAUCCUGGCUUCGUCCUUCGAAUUCGAAAAAGGCCACAACAAUGACGUGCAGGAAAGACCAAGUGACAACAUUGAGCUACCACAGCUAAUGAGAGAGCUGCCUCAGUUAAACGAAAAGAACAAGGAGAGGCCGUUGUGCUAUCCUUAUAGUGUCAAAGCCAGAGCGCUUCUUCAUGCACAUUUUUCUAGAAUUGCUUUGCCACAGCAAACUUUGUUGAAAGAUUUGGAGCUUAUAUUAAAGAAGUGUCCAUAUUUAAUUAAAGAAAUUAUCAACAUUGUCGGGCAGUUGAUAGCAUUAGGAAAAGCUGGAAGGGUAGCAAUACCUCCCAGACUGGAGUCACUGGAAAAUUUAAUCAAGCUAAAUCAAAUGAUCAUACAAGGCGUGUGGGACUCAAAAUCAGCCUUUCUUAUGUUGCCGCACAUAUCCCAGGAACACUUGCGUCAUUUUAAUACAAAAAAGAGGAGUAUAAAAAACAUCCGUCAGUUCGUUGCCAUGAACAACGAGGAUAGGAGAUUGUUACUGCGCACUUUAUCGGACGAGCAGUAUCAGGAUGUGAUGAAUGUUUGCUGUUCGUUUCCAUCGUUGGACAUGGAAGUUAAAGUAAAGGUAAUUGACGAUGAAGAUAUGCACGUCGUGACAUCAGGUUCUAUCGUGACUGCCGUGGUCAACUUGACGAGGAAUUCUUUAGGUGAUAUCAUUGAUGAUGAAGACUUUCUUGACGCUGCCAUUCCUGUGGAGGAUCUAGAGGACGAGGAAGCAUCACCCAAACCAGUGAAGAACUGGCAGAGGAAGGUGAAAAAGGGUAAAGGUGCGAAGAAACCGACGAAAAAGCAACAGCCGAAGAAGCCGACAAAGAAAGGCGAAGAAAAACCACAAAAUGAAGAAAAAGAGGAGAAAAAAUCGGAGGUUGACAAUUCGAAGGAUGAAGACAACGACGACGUCGAUUCAGAUGACGAAUCUAACGAAACUGACGAGGAGACGGCUGAACAAAGAGACGAAGAACCGGAAGAAAAACGGGAAGGGAAAGAUGCAGACGAUGAAUGGUCGUCAAUUAAAGAUGACGAUUUAAUAAAGCCUGAAAAAUUGCUCGAAAUGAAGUCCAAGGAAAGCCACAUUGUGCACUGCCCGUAUUUUCCAAUGGAAAAGCACGAGUACUGGUGGGCGUAUGUUGUGUCGAGAAAAACGAACGCUCUUAUGACGCCUCCCCAGCAGAUCACCGGAUUGAAAGAAACGGACGAAAUACAACUAAAAUUUACUGCUCCCGAAAAGCCGGGAUGUUACCAAUACACUGUUGUUAUUCGGUCCGAUUCCUACGUGGAGUUUGACGUCACAAAAACAUUUAAAGUUAAUGUGACGGAAGCGAAGGAGUUCGAUCCGGGCGCGCAUUGGGAUUAUUCAAGUGACGAAGAAGGCAAAGACGAUUCCGGAGAGAGUGUUUAUGAAACUGAAGAAGAAGAAGAUGAUGAAACCGAAGAUGAUUAGAAUGUUACUCAGCGCUUUAGAUUCUUUUUGCAAUAAUAACCUGCGUGAGGAGAUCACAAAAACCCUGGUAAAUGGCGAUAAAAGAAACCAAAAACGAUUAGAAUAAAUAUAUUGCUUAUUUGGUCAGAUUUUAAUUGAUGACCUAUUGUCUUGUUACAUGGUGAAUUCACAUUUAAACGUAUGGAAAGCUUGCGUGAUAGGCUUUUGGUAGGAUUUUGAACAAAUAUUUAGGUAUAUAUAUAUUAGGGAACCUUAACUACCCUGUUACACGAAAUUAGCGCAGCUUGACAAUUAACGCAGAUGGAGUCGAUUUGUAACCACGACCAUUUUUCACCUUUUUUUCUUUCUGUCAAUGACACUGUAGUAACUGAUUUACAUUGUGAGUCCAUUCUUAUCUAAUGGGCAAUGUUUCCAUUCGCUUAUUUCAUUUAUCUGAAAAUUCGAUUUUUUAUUUGUAUUAUAGUGAAAUACCUAUUGCUUAUCACAACUAAAUGUGGAAGAAAAUUUUUGCGAGAAGAAGAUUUUGCUAUUCCAAGACACCUGAAAACUUUUGCAUCUUCGCGCAAUUAAUUUUCGCGAUUGACCAAGUUCAAUAUUUUCGCAGAAAUUUAUUUUGGAUGAUCGAAAAUUAAAUUUUGCUGAAAUUAAAAAAAGAAACUUCUCAAUUUAAAUAUGUCAGAAAAAAAAUUAGAAAUAUCUCAUUUUAAACACCGAAUAUCCACUUUGUUAGUAAUACUUUGCGCAGGAUCAAUCGGAAUCGCAAUUUAUUGUUGCGGUUAAAAUUUGAAGUUUUCUUCAACAUUUCUAACAUUAAAGUAAUGCUUGCGUUAUUUUCGUGUAAUGAAGUAUGGUGAGGUUACCUUGAUAGGAUUUAUUAUUAUUUUUUAUUUUUAAGAUUAAAAACUUUAUGGAAUGUAGCUUGUAAAAGCUAAAAAUAUUUUUCAGCAGAAGCGUAUAUUGCUUGAA